AUGAGCCCGGACAGGACUCGCAGCGACGAAGAAGAAGAGUCUCAGGACGAGGGAUCAGUGAGCGAGAGUGAGCCCUCGGACCAAUGCGAAGAUGACCGCUGCCGGGGACCUACGCCGCCGAUAUGGCAUUGUGUUGACUGCGACAGUUCGUAUUGCAGCGAGUGCUGGCCUCUCCAAGGACCCCACAAACCGAAGAAGCGCGGCAGAGAUGGAGUGCCACACGAGAAAACUAACCCAUUCGUUGUCCGGAAAUUGAAAGUCAUCCUCCACCCCACAAAGAAACCAGAGGAGAUCCAGCGACUUCACGAGGAAGACGAAUCGACAAAGUGGUUUGGCGUCGCUCGCGAUCUCACCGGACGGCCGAAUCUUGAGGACUAUGGUCGAUAUGCUUCCCUCAUGUCAUCGAUCUCACCCAUUGAGAGCCAGGGCAACCGCUAUCCGCAGCUUGUAUCCUUCAUUGGAGUCACAAAUGCGGGCAAGUCGACUUUGAUCAAAAUGCUGGUCAACCACGACCUGGCUGGUGCUGAUCCUGAUAGCCGCUCAAUGUUUCCAUCGCCUGUUGUGGGAUCCGUCGUUAACGAUGCACUGCCGACUUCUGGAGAUGUACAUCUUUAUGCCGACCCGGCGACUCAUUCCGAGCAGCUUCCAAUCCUGUAUGCAGAUUGUGAGGGUUUUGAGGGUGGCGAGAGGACUCCGCUCGGUGCUCGCUCACGGAGACGUGCGAAAUCUGACCCUUCAAGGGAUGAACCGUCUAAAUUGGCUCAUGUGCAUGCGCGGCCUAUCCAGUGGGCCAACACCGAGGAGUCUCGACAGCGAGAGUAUGCCGUGACAGCACUGUAUCCGCGACUGCUCUACACCUUCUCAGACUGCGUGGUGUUUGUGCUGCGCAACCCCAAGACCUUCCAGUCCGCAGUCUUGACCAAACUCCUGGACUGGGGUGUUUCUGCUUUGGAGAAGUCUAUCAACCAGCCUGCUCUGCCACACUGCGUCGUUGCGCUGAACGGCACCGAUCCAGGCGUGGACGACAAGGAGUGGGAUAUCAAUUAUGCCACGCAGAGUCUCCUAUCUACCGUCAAGGGCGCCUUGGAUUAUGUUGAGGGUGUACCGCGGUUCCGGGAGCUGGCCGAACACUGGCGGCUACUGGGCAAGCACAUCUACACCGUCGAGGACCUCAUACUACGCUACUAUAGCUCCUUCAAGGUCGUCCGGAUACCAAGCCGACCACUCUACACCAAAAUCGACGAACAAAUCGGCAAACUCCAUGGCGUCAUCAAGCAAAACUGCGACGACUCCUUCCGAUCAAAACGCCGUGCUCGUAUGCUCACCAACGCCGACGAACUCAACACCUACCUGCAAAGCGGCUUUGACCACUUCACGACUCACCUCCACAUCCCCUUCAACUUUAUGCAAGUCUCGCUACUCCGAAACCCGAUCCCAAACGACUUUGGCGGGCAUAUACUCCAGCUGUGCACCACGAUCAGCUCUCAGCAGCCGAACCAUCAACCCGGCCGGGUGUCAUGGAUGUUUGAGAAGAUGAGUGUAAUGCUCGCCUCCUGCGUGCUUCUUGAUUGCGCCCGUUUUCGGAAAGGCCGGGUGGAUGAGCUAUUCACCAACUACGAAAAGUUCUUCGACUAUGCUAUGGGCGAGUAUUUGGAAUUGCAUUACCGGUGUUCGUACGUCAGCUCGGAUGGGAGACAGUGUCAGUUGGUCAAGGCCCGCCAUCAGCCGAAGGGGCACCAAGAUGAUCAGGGUAUCAUUGCUGCUGGUGACUAUCAAGCUGCGUUCGAUUCGAGCUUUCUGCCUCGAUGGAAGGGACAGCUUCGCUCGGCUGUCGAGAGUCUGCACCGUGACUUCUCGUAUGAGCUGGAGCAGGCUUCACACGAGGACACGAAUGCCAUACCGGAAGAGCGCAUCGCAUUGGAUCUUCACAUUGAAUACCUCAACCACUUCUUCGAGGCGGUGGGACCCGCGGGAUCGAUAUGCAGUCACUCGACAUGCUUCUGCUGCUUGAUGGAUGUACCCGAGCAUCCUCUGCCUUGCGGUCAUGUGUUGUGCACAGCAUGCAUCAAGGCGUAUGGCAAGCAGCAGAAGUCUACUGUGCUGAUGUCGUGCUGUCCGUUACAUCGCGAGUCGACUUCCUGGGCGCGACCGGCACCGAUCAAAUUCAAGCCGCAAGGAGCUGGUGUACGUGUGCUCGCUCUCGACGGAGGAGGCAUUCGCGGCAUAGUCCAACUGGAAGUGCUGCACGCCAUCGAGCAAUGUCUCGGCGGCCAUCUGCCUGUCCAAGCGUUCUUCGACCUGAUGGUUGGAUCUGGCACGGGCGGCAUGCUUGCAGUCGCUCUAUCGCAGAAGGAUCGCACAGUUGACGGCUGCAUCGACAUGUUCACUGCGAUGUGCGAUCAUGCGUUCACACCACGUCUCAAGGGCGUGCCAGUGAUCAACCACCUUGUGCAAGCGUUCGGUAACGGACGGAAGUACAAAACGAAGCCUCUCCACGCUGCGCUGAAAACUGCCUUUAGCGACGAUCUGGACCUCUUCGGUGCUUCUGAUCGACUACGGACUGGCGCUAGAGUCGCCAUCACGGCCUCCAGCGCAACAGGUCGGGAGUCGAUGCUUCUCGCCAGCUAUCGCAGAGCUGAGGACUCAGUACCCACGUACACUUUCGAGCGUCCACAUGAACCCGACAUGGAGCUGAAGGUGUGGGAGAGUGUAGCCGCCGCCUUGGCUAAUCCAGUCUACUUUCGACCCUUUACGCAUCAUGGCAAGACAUAUCUUGAUGGUGGUCUACGUUGCGUCAAUCCAGCCUUCAUCGCGGAUAGGGAGCGACGCUUGAUCUGGCCAGAUGUCGGUGAUCCAGACCUCUUUCUUUCCCUGGGUACGGGACAGAACCGUAUCAGUGUGCUUGAGAAGCUGUCGAGCCGGCCGAAAGACAAUCUGCCGUCGACGAUGAUUCCACGAGUAGGGCAGACGGGAGAAGAGGCUCGGAAAGCGGCAAAGACCUGGCAAAGAAAGGUAAAUGAGAUUCUGGACGCUGAAGUCGCAUGGCAGGACUUUAGGUCCUAUGCAGUGAAAGAACGCUCUGAGGCGAAGGGCAGACGAUUCAUCAGAUUCAAUCCGGAUCUUGACAAGGAGCCACCUGCUGGGGACAGCAAAAGCGAUCUGGAGAAUUUGCAGGUCGUUGUGCGGAAGCGGCUGCAGACGCCUCACAGACUCGCUGCUCUGAAGAACGUAGCGCAGAGACUGGUGUCUUCGUCUUUCUACCUGGACAUGCAGUCGAAAGCUACGGUUGAGAAGGGGGACCAGAUGAUCUCCGGGGUCAUUCUGUGUCGUUUUGAAGACGGCAGUGAUGAUAUGCGCUCUCUUGGGAAGAUUCUCGAGGACAGGAGAAGCGAAGGGUUCGAGCCAUACUUCUUCAUCAAGCCAAACAUGGAGAACGGCGAGCACACGAGCCGGAUCACGAUUACGAUGGACGUCAUUCGUGGCAUGACGGAUAAUGCCGUGUUUGGUCUGCCGAACGUUCACAUACCGCUCAAGGACGAGACGAAGACGACUUCGAUUUCGCUGUUCUUGUCUGCGCACGACGGCUUGGAGCCAGAUGGAUUCCCAAUCAGUGGCUUCCCACGAGUGCUGUUGGGAGAGGCUGCGACUGCAAAACCGCCUCGUCGUCCUCAGGGUGUUCGAGCGAGCUCGGAACAGCAUGUACGCAAUGUGAGCGCGAGGCAUAUGAAGACUGAUUCGGACUCGCUGUCGCUCAAUGGCUCGACUAGAGGUGCCCACAGCGAAGAGUCAUGGCAUGAAACCCAGUCCCGGGUUUCUCCAUUCUACUCAAAAACUGGUCAACCAACCGGCCAGCCGAAGAUGUCGUUGGCAGAUCUGAUCUCGCAGCAUCAGCAGACGGGCAGUAGCAUCAAGAACAGGACGAACCGAUUCUGGACCUACAUCGGCAACAACCACAUGGCACUCCACCCAGAGAUGUACUCAGCAGACGAACUGGCAAAAUACGCAGCAAGCAACAAGGCCGCUCACGGCUCUUCAGGAAUGCCAUCAGAACUCGGCUCGCCAUCCCAGGAAACCCUCACGAACCAGACCUCACCAAUGCAAUCUGCAACCGACGACAUGUCCUCCCUCACCCUCGGCGCCUCUUCCCCUCCACCACCCGAUGUCUCCGAGCUCGAAGCGGCAGACAAAGCCACGCGCGAAAUGCAAUACCAGCAACAAGUCGCCGCCUACUACCAAAACGCCGACUACGACCAGCCGACCUCACGCCCGGACUCACAGCCCCGCGAACCCGUCCCCGGCGCCUGCGAAACCGUCUUCGAAGAGGAAGAGGAUAAAGAAGACAUCGGCUCGUCGUACAGUGGGCACGAAGUGCACUAUGCGAAGGCGAGUCCCAUGGUUCAGGUACGAAACACCAAGAAGCGUAAUACCCUUGACGCGUUUGUGGAGUUUUAUUACGAUGCGGAGCCAUGA